AUGGCCAAGAUCACCUGCCAGGCCCCCGUCGAUGGCAUCAUGGGCGCAUACACCGGCAACAGCUUCGCUUUCCAAGCCGCCAUUGCCAGUCUACUUGGCUGCGCCCUGUACAGCGCCCUCGAACUGAUUGUCCUGGUCUUUUCAAUAUUUAAAACAUAUCACGGCCUGUACUUCUGGAGCCUGCUCAUCUCCGGUCUAUUCGGCAUCAUCCCCGAUGCGCUAGGCUUACUGUUGAAAUACUUCGAGCUCGCGCCAAUAUGGAUCUCCGUUACGCUGUCGACGGCCGGGUGGGCUAUCAUGGUAACCGGCCAGUCGCUAGUGCUGUACUCACGACUGCAUCUGGUAGUCCUGAAUCCCAAAGUACUGCGGUUCGUGCUGGGAAUGAUCAUCUUUGAUGCGAUAGCUAUGCAAAUACCGCAAGUCGUCGCCUCGUACGGCGCGAUCUAUCUCUGCCGGACGCAGUUCCCGAUCUUCUUCAAUACGUGGGAGAAGGUGCAGCUUACUGUGUUCUUCGUGCAGGAAAUUAUCAUCUCCACCGUAUUCAUUGUCGCAACGAUGAGGUUGAUGCGUUUGAAUCCAACGCGAACCAGACGAAGGACCAAUAUUAUGUACCAGCUGCUUGUGAUCAAUUUUCUUAUUAUAUCAAUGGAUGUCUCACUUUUGACGCUGGAGUACUUGGAACUUUACAUUCCGCAGACAGUACUGAAGUGCUUUUUCUAUACGGUCAAGCUUAAGUUGGAGAUUGCUGUGCUGUCGCGGUUGAGUUCUUUUGCUCGAUCGCACUAUGAGGGGCAAAGCUCUGGGCUGAGCGGAUUGAAUUAG